AUGAAGCCAUGUCGACCGGCAGCCUUGUCCAUUCCUGCUCAGCCAGUGCAAGGUGGCUUGAAAGGCCUGUUCGAGCCAGGUCUUUCAGGAGGCCCAUGGCACCCAUGGCACCCAUGGCAGUGGCAGCCUUGGCGCGAUGGCGUGAUGGCCAUGGCGGUGGUGAGGGCGGCGAGGGCGGCGAGGGCGGUGCAGGUUGCGCAGCGUGCGCAUUCCAGACCCAUGGAAGUGCCUGCAGCGCGACGGCUGCGAAUGCUGCAGCGGCCCAAGGAAGAUCUCAGGCAGGCCACGGCCUUUUCCAGAGUCUCAAAGUUUCUAAGCAUGCCCGCAGAACCUGCAGAAACAACAGAGGAGCACCGCUCUGACUCCAGAAAGUCGCAAGAACUUCGAGCCCUGCUGAAACGCUGCAGGAGCCCUGAAGGACUUGUGACAAUGCUCAAGAACGCUUUGUUCGAGGGGAUUCGGGAGAGCAGCAUCUUCGGAGCGGCGAUGCAAACCUGCGGCUACAGGUGUUGGUGGAUGACUCUGCAGAAAGUUCGCGAACUCCAACUGCAGAACGCCAUCAAAUUUGACGCUGUGGCUACUUCAAUUGGCCUAACAGCCAUCACUUGGAAUCUCAGGAACGAGGGGCUAUUUGAUGUGCUUGAAGAACGAAAAGAGCCAGCACUGACCAUGGCCAAGGAGUUGUGGCAGGAGGGGGUGAUCAACGCUGUGGUGCUCACCAGUGCAUUGAAGCUGUGCACUCAAUUGGAGUGCCCAGCUGCGUGGCAGUGGGGACAACAGCUUUGGCAAGAGACCGAGUCAGGAAUUGAGAAAAACUCGAUUGUCUAUUCGGCUUACAUUACCAUGCUGGAGAGAUACGGAGACUUCUCGGAGGUGGACCGUUUGUUGGACUUUGACGAGCACUUGAGUCCAGUUCUGCUAGGAGCUUUGGUGGACCUGGCGGGACACCGGCACGAUCCAGCUCGGGCUGAUGCGAUUUGGAAGAAGAUGGUUGUGCAAAAGCGAGUCAAGCCCAUUGAAUCAUCCUACAACGCCUAUGCCCGAGCAUAUCUCGUAUCUGGUGAUCCUGAGAUGGCCAUUGCCAAGAUGGAGGAGAUGUUUGUGCGAAGGGUUGGGCAAUUCACCUGGAUCAAUGCCAAGGACCAUGCACAGGCUCUUCUGAUCCUGUAUCAUUCAAUGCCAACGGAAGACAACAAGGAACGGCUGCAGCGCUUUCUGCGCAGUUCUCAAGUGAUCUUCAGUGGUGGUGGGCAGCGCCUGUCUGCUGCGCCGAAGACAGCUGUAGAGGAGUGGCAAAAGCUUCGUGCUGGAGCACAGGAUCUGCUGCGCCGCUCCUCACAGGAAUCAAACGUCCCGAAUACGCCGCAUAUGCCCCACUUGCAUGAUAUUCUCUUGACGUGGAGGGCAUCAUGCAAAAGUCGAAUGGCCUCGGGGCCAAAUUUUGCCUUCGCCGGUGACUACCUCCCGCACCAUCUGGGUUUGCUGAAACCGCUGUCAGCCCGGAGCGGAGAUCGGAGCGACAGCAGAGCCUUGGCUGCUUGGCCCGCCUUCCUCGAGCCCAUCGGCCGGGCAGUUGCUGGCUCCGCACCACAGGCAGCCGAGAUCUCCCAGGCGCAAAUGCCACAGGUGUCUGACAUUGCCAGCAGCAUGACACUUGCGGAUCUCUCGCCCCUGGAGAACCCAAACAUUUCAUUCGUGGUGUUGCUCUCCAUGUUCUCCAUGUCCAUUGCGCUUGUGGUUUGGGGCCGCAAUGCCAUGGCGUGCGGGGGCCAAGAGAGUGAACUGAGUGAACAGAUCUACGGAGCCAGCGCGACGUUCUCCUUUGGCUUUCGGGUUUUUGGCCUUUGCAGCUGGGACUCAGCCAUGCUGGCGGCACCUGCUUUCCUUGGCCCCUUGGUGCAGGCUCCACUGCAGGCGCCAGAAGCUGUGACUCAGCUUUCCAACGCCCCUGAGAUUGCCACCAACUUGGCCUUGGCAGAUCUGUCGCCAUUGGAAAACCCAAACAUCAGCUUCGUGGUUUUGCUCUCCAUGUUCUCGAUGUCCAUCGCACUGGUCGCAAUGCCUGCGUGCGAGCUGUACCAGGACGUUUUGGAAGAUGAGCACGACUGGGAUGAAGCAGCCAGGCGUGUAGAGGAUGGCGACGCAAUGGUUAGUGGACCGCAACGCUCUCUGUGCGACAGCUGCCGCCGACCUCUUCACCGAUAUGCUCGGCUGCCCCGGUACCAGACCUUCCUCAUGUGCAGCUCAGCCAAGGAGUGCAGCCGCUGCGAGGAAGACAUUCUGCCUGGCGAUAUGCAUUUCAUUUGCUCGUCGUGCUCAGAGAUCCACAUUUGUAAGGACUGUCUAGGCAAGUUGUGA